UCGUAGGACACGACCUACAUUAAAGCGUACGUCGCGGUGCACUAAAUCUUUCUCACCUCUCGCAGGCCCUGCCUUCUGGACUCUGUUUGUGAUUGUACUUGACGCAGAGAACAAGUCAGUGACGAUGCAACACUCGAGGAAGAUGAAUCAGUUGGUGGCAAGCGCUGUGCUACGACGUCUGUCCGGCGGUUGGAGCUGUAACCGCCGAGUGUUCACUUCGACGACGCCGCUGGAAGGCAAGGCGGUUACAUUGAGGCCGUUUCAUGAUACGGCUGUGGCGUGUGCGGGCUACGAUUGGAGGCGGAGAGCCAUGAGCUCAGCGGCCGCGGAGAAGGAUCGCAAGGAGAGCGCGGUGGUGGACAAGGAUCGGAAGGACAGUGCAGUGGCGGAAAAGGAGGAGAAGACGGGCAGUGUCGCGGUUUCGAGCUAUUGGGGAAUCUCGCGGCCCAAAAUUACCAGGGAGGAUGGAACCGAGUGGCCUUGGAACUGUUUCAUGCCAUGGGACACUUACCAAGCGGACUCGAAAAUUGAUCUCAGCAAGCAUCAUGUACCAAAAACAUUUUUGGAUAAAGUUGCUUUCAGGACUGUGAAGAUCCUAAGAAUCCCAACAGAUUUAUUCUUUCAGAGGAGGUAUGGCUGCCGUGCAAUGAUGCUAGAAACAGUGGCGGCUGUUCCUGGUAUGGUGGGGGGAAUGCUACUACACCUUAGGUCUCUGCGCAAAUUUGAGCAUAGUGGUGGUUGGAUAAAAGCACUGCUUGAGGAAGCAGAAAACGAGAGGAUGCACCUAAUGACUAUGGUGGAGCUUGUGCAGCCCAAAUGGUAUGAGAGGUUACUGGUUCUUACUGUGCAGGGGGUAUUUUUCAAUGCCUUCUUUGUGCUUUAUUUGCUCUCUCCCAAAUUGGCCCAUAGAGUUGUUGGAUAUCUGGAGGAGGAGGCUAUACAUUCAUAUUCAGAGUACCUAAAGGAUAUUGAUCAUGGAAAAAUUGAAAAUGUGCCAGCUCCUGCUAUUGCGGUAGACUAUUGGAGACUACCAAAAGAUGCAACCUUGAAGGAUGUUAUAACUGUCAUACGUGCUGAUGAAGCCCACCAUCGAGAUGUCAACCAUUAUGCUUCUGACAUCCAAUACCAGGGGAAGGCAUUGAAGGAGGCACCGGCUCCUAUUGGUUACCAUUAAUAUGUUUGUUGCACCAUAUCCUUGUGGUUGUGGAGCUUUAUGGAUAGUAUGCAUGUACGUAUGUACCUGUUUGAAACGGAGCUGCAGAGUGGAGUUCCAAAGAAACGAGUUUGCUCUAAUAAUGGCCUCGACUCUUGAGUCUUGAGGACUCUUUGGUGAGCUGUGCUUGUGCUUGCUUAGGAGUCCCUCAUGAAGCCAAGAGGACGACCAAUAGGUAAAUCUAAAUCCCCGGUGAUCAAAUAGCAAGUCAAUUCUUGCGUGUAGUAGCAAGAUGCAGCUGUAUCCAAUAGCAAGUCAAUUCUUGCAUUUAGAAAGGUAAUUAGGGUUUCUGUGGUA